CAAGAAGGCGGCUAACGGCCUCGGAGACGUUCUUGAUGUACGGUAUCGCUCGCCAGAAUUUGGGGUCGGCGCGAUUUUGUCGCUCGUCUCGUUUGCGCAGGCACUGGUUGACGAAGUUGCGCGGGUAACCGUUUUCUCGGAAAAACCCGUCGAAGAUAUUGGGAUUCGGCAACCUUGUCUUCCGGUUCACUGCAGUGCGUCUCAACACGCCGAAAUAGCGUUCUUACGCAACUGCGUUUGUGGCAGAUUGGGUGGUUACUGUUGAAGUUCAGAAUUUGCGUCGUGUUCGUUGCUUUUCUGAACACUUUGGUCUUUAGGCCACCACAAUCUUUGCGACAGACGAGGACAUCAAGGAAUGCCAGCUGGUUAUUCUCUUCCUCCUCCAUCGUGAAUUGUAUGUCCGGGAAGACGCUGUUGAGACGUUCUUUGAACGUUAGCACCUAAUCCCGUUCGAUGACGACGAACGUAUCGUCCACAUACCGAGCCCAGAAUUUCGGUCUGUGGGCAACUUCGUCAACCAGUGCCUGCGCAAACGAGACGAGCGACAAAAUCGCGCCGACCCCAAAUUCUGGCGAGCGAUACCGUACAUCAAGAACGUCUCCGAGGCCGUUAGCCGCCUUCUUGCACCACUUGGGGUUGGAGUUGCGCACAGACCGGAGGCCACCAUGAGGCGUCAAGUGAUGAGACCAAAAGACCCACUGCCACGGCAAGAAGCAUCUGGAGUCGUUUACCGGAUCUGGUGCAGUUGCGGACAAAGCAACUACGUCGGAGAAACUGGAAGACUGCUCCGGACGCAAAUGGCCGAACACGUGGCAGCUGUACGGAGAAAUGACGCCAACUCUCAGGUCGCGGCCCAUUCGACGAGACCCGGCCACACAUUCAAGUUCGAUGAGGCCGAAAUUCUCGCGAGAGGGGAUAAUCGCGUGAGCCGCGAGUUGCUUGAGUCAUGGUUCACGGGACCUCAGUCUAUCAACAAGUGCAACGACAUCCCCACUCCAUAUUCUGUCCUGAGGCAUAGACUGGCCAAAGCAAUUGACCACUCGAGGAGCGCGCAAGCACGUGGGCCAGAUGGCCGAGCAAUCAUCACGCCAGCAUCCAACACGGGUGAUGAGAUGUCAGCAAUUAACAACUUGCAUGCCGGCCAUCAAGCAAUUAGCGCACCAGCGGGCAACAAUCCUUCAUGAAGUGAGCACGGUUAAUUGCUGUAGGUAUGCGGUAGCAUGGCGACCGCAUCCUAUAAAUACUGCGACUUCCUGUACACUAGCCACCCUUUUCUGCAACUGUCUCUGAUGAUGGAUUCAAGAGAGAAUCCGAAACGUCAGGCGAAUAGAGCCAUUGUUCCAGCGAUCGCUUCUUCUUUUGAUCAACUAGUUCCUGGAACUCGCAUUUUCGCUUGUAUCGACCAUCUAAACUGUCAAUUUAUGGUGCGACAGGGUGCGAACCCGUCAGGUCAGAGGGACUUAGUGCUGUACCUAAGUGCUAACCGAUCCACCGGACCCUUGUGGCUAAAAACCUCGAUUGUGCCAGCACGCGGGGUUUUAUCAUCACUGGCCAGUGACAUCUGAUAUGUUAGAUAUGACCACGCCAGUGUUCCUAAUCUUCAUUAGUAGUGCUCCUGGACGAAAUUAUUUUUUUCUCCAUAUGUAAAUUACACAUUCCCCAUCCUCUUUCAGAAGGGCAGCUCUUCGUCCACAUCUCCGUCCCUCGGCUCACUACGCAUUCACGUCAUCCGCUUCCUCUGUUACAUCCUUGAGUCGGGCUCCCCCACGGCCACCAAGGAAUUCGUCCGUCUUGGCCUGCUUGGUGUCAUUAUGGUAUGUCAUCACUCCCCCCGCCUCUCCUGCCACACCUAAUCCAUGCAUACAAAUCGUCCGUCACAUAUUUUAGCUGCACUGUAACCACAGCCUCUCAUCUCAGCUUGUUACAAUCGAUCACCUGGCUUGUUUUAUGGUCUUUUUUCCUCAUCCCCCUCCUCCCUCCUCCUCCUCCUCCUUCUCCUCCUCCAUCUCCUCCUUCUCCUCCUCCUUCUCCUCC